CCCCUUCUCCCAACAAUUUCUCUCCUCUUUUUCUCUUCUGCCCUAAUCGUUCUUCCACCCAGCUCUGCACACACCAACAAAGGGUUAUUGGGUCCUUUUUGUUUCUCGCUGUUCACACUGUCAGUUACAGUGGGGGCGAGAAGAGUCGGAUUCGAAUCUAACGCUGAGUUUGCAUUGUCUUUUUGUGUUGGUACCAGCAUAGAAGGUUCAAUCGAAGUUUCAUUCAUUCUCCAAGAGCGUUUUUGUAAUCGGUGACUGUCUUCUUCGUACAGAUCAAUGCGGGGUUAUGACAGAGAUGAGUAUGAUGAUUACGAAGGUUAUGAUGAUUAUGAGGAUGAGGGAGGUGAAGAGUACGAAGAGGAAGGAGAGGAGGCGGAAUAUGAAGAGGAAAGACCUAAGCCAACAAAGGAAGAAAUAGAGUACCUUGAGUUGAGGCAGAAGCUGAAAGAAUCAAUUAGAAAGAAGAUGAAGAAGGAGAGUAGUACCUCCCUCUCCGAUUCUAAUUCCAGGAAGAAACUUCCUUAUGAUAAUUAUGGAUCCUUCUUUGGCCCUUCUCAACCUGUUAUUUCACAGAGAGUAAUUGAAGAGAGCAAGUCAUUGAUAGGAAACCCGGAUUUGGCAGCCAGGAUUUCUAAAGCCGCUCAUGUGAAUAAGAACACAAAUAAAGCAUCUAAUGGAAGUGUAAAGUCUUCGACUCAUAGUCAGAUGCCCAAAGCAAGCGAGAAGCAAGUUAAAGCCCAGAAACUCAAAGUUAUUAGAGACUACUCAUUCCUUAUGUCUGAUGAUGCUGAACUUCCACCUCCUACAAAAGUGUCACCAUCUCAGAAUACAUCUAUACGCAAUAAUGAGGGAAGACCAGCUCAACUUGCUGGGAGGAAUAAGCAACUUGUUGCCAAUGGUGGUGGCAAGCAUGUUCGUAGCAGUGGUGAGGAAAGGAGAGCAGUUCCUGGAGGGAAUCGAUUGCCUCCCAAACCAGACUUGAACCAUAAGUUAAGUUCUUCCAGUAAGCCAAUCAGAAAGGCACCAGCAGAUUCUAGAAAACAGCUUGGUAGUAAUAGUGGAAAUGGACCAGGUCGGCCAGUGGGACCAAAAGGGUUGCCUCCUAAGGUGCCUGCUAGUACCAUGGGGAAUAAAUUUUCAGCACCUGUUAUGAAAAAACCUGUGAACGACAUGCAUAGACCUGUUAAUGGCACACAUAGACCUGUCAACAGUAUGCAAAGACCUGUCAACAGCAUGCAAAGACCUGUCAAUGGCACGCAGAAAUCACUCCCUUCUAAGGUCCAUUCAUCUGUUAGGCAAAAUGUGGAUCCAAGAAGAGACCCGCGUGAACAGAAUAGACCGAAGAUGUUGCCAAAACAACCAGUGGCAUCAACAAAAACUCAGAUAAAUAAACCGCUUAAACCAAAUCCAAAGCAUUCUGAUCCACGGGAUCACCGCCCCAAGAAUAAGGGUGUGAAGAGACACUCCGAUGAUAUGGAGGAUGAGGUGGAUGUUAGAUCAAUGAUCAGAUCAAUGUUCAAUUACAACCCCAACAGAUUUGUUGAUGACGAUGACGAUGAUGAUAUGGAGGCAGGAUUUGAUGAAAUCAUGCAAGAGGAAAGGAAAAGUGCCUUGAUAGCCAGAAAAGAAGAUGAGGAACAACUUAAGUUGAUAGAAGCGGAGGAGGAAAGAGAGCGAAGAAGAAAAUUGGCCAAGUUGAAGAAGCGAAGGGUUGGUGAAUAGCAUUUGACACCCAAUGUUGUUUGUUUUAUGUUCAAAUGUGAAAUUGCCCUGUUCCAAUCCUCUGUAUUAUUGUUGGAUUUGAGUUAAUUCAUCAAUGAUCAUAAAUAUCUCUUCAUUUUCAUCCAAUGUUAGAUUGAUGUACUUGGGGAAGGAAAUGUUUUUAACAAAGCAAAUGAAUAAUGCUAGUUGUAUAAUUUUUUGAAUUAAUAUUUUCUCAUUUAAUACUACCCAUAUAACCACAAUGGGUUCAGAAUUCA